AUGGCUUCAUCUUCCUCCCCCUCCUCCUCCUCCUCCGCCGCCGCCAGGCAGGGCGUCAACCCGCUGCGCCCCUACUACAUCCCCCCGACCAUAGGCGAGCAGACCGAGUCCCUCUCCGGCUUCUCCUCCUCCGCACAGCCCGGCGCGAAUGCCACGGCCCACGGCGGCGCCAGAUACGCCUCCCGCGCACGCGACAUCUUCCCGGACCUCGACUACCGCGACUAUGUCAACGACCCGUCCCCGUCCACCAUCCAGACCCUCAAGGAGCUGGUUGACGAGCUGCUAUGGAAGUACACCAGCGUGCUGAUGGCCCAGCCCUUCGAGGUCGCCAAGACCCUCCUCCAGGUCCGCGCCCAGGACGACGUCGAGCUGUUGGAGACGGGCGCCUCGUCUUUCUCCCAGCCCACCGCCAGACCAAACAUGACCAGUCCCAGGCCGUCGUCGCUAUAUGAUCAGUAUCCCGAAUCAGACUCGGAUGACGAGCCCUCCUACUUCACCUCCAGUGCCCCGUACCAGACACCCACCCCGUCCGCGCGGUCGCAUAGACACCGGGCACCCAGCCCGACCGAGCCCGAACCAGAUAAGCCGGCCGCCGCGCCGGACCUGCUCCCUCACCAGCUCCAACUGCGGCGGCCAGAUUCCAUCUUUGAGGUUAUGGCCCAGCUCUGGUCCAAGGAGAGCGCCUGGGGCGUGUGGAAGGGAUCGAAUGCCACAUUCCUCUACACGGUCCUUCAGUCUCUUCUCGAGAACUGGUCCCGGAGUCUGCUUAGCGCACUCCUGAACGUGCCCGACUUGGGCGUCAAGGACGACGUCGACAGGCUGGUCGACAUCGCCUCCCCGUACCCCUGGGCCUCCCUGUGUGUUGCCGCCGCCGCCGCCGUCUCGACCGGUCUGAUCCUGGCCCCUCUGGACAUGGUGCGGACGAGACUCAUCCUCACAUCCACCACCCGCGGAUCCCGCCGCACCAUAUCGAGCCUCCGCUCUCUUCCCUCCUGGCUGUGCCCGCCGUCGCUCGUCACGCCGACCAUCCUCCACUCUCUCAUCCACCCCGUCUUGACCCUCUCGACGCCGCUCGUACUGCGCUCGCAGUUCCUCAUCGACAAGGAGCUCUCUCCGACCACCUUCUCCGUCGCCAAGUUUUGCACCUCGUGCGUCUCGCUUUUUGUCAAACUACCCCUAGAGACCGUCCUCCGCCGCGGCCAGGCCUCCGUCUUGUCCCAUCCCGCGUACGUGCAAGCACUGGACGAGGCCGGCAAAAUGGAGCCAAUCGUGCGACCGGGAUCCUACAAUGGCGUCGUGGGCACCAUGUACACCAUCGUUUCGGAGGAGGGGUCUCGCGCCAUCCCUGUGCUGGCCAAGUCGGCGCCAGCCAAGGGCAAGAAGGCCAAGCAGGCCAAGGUCUCCGAGGUCGUGUACAGGAAGGGCCAGGGCGUCGAUGGGCUCUGGAGAGGUUGGAAGGUCAGUUGGUGGGGACUGGUCGGGCUGUGGACCGCCGGUGUUGUCGGUGGUGGUGGCGAGGGCGAGUUCUAA